GACUUUUGAAAAAAUGGUGAGGUGUUGUUCCCAACUCGAAUACAGUUUAUUAGUUGAGGAAUUUAAAGAUGCUGGGCCAGAGCUUCAAUGUUAUUUUGAUCGUAAUUGGAACACUGUUUCAAUAAUUCCGAUGUUUGCAGGGUUUAGCCGCUUAGGUAAACUUCAUUUGGAUAAUCACACAACAAAUCGCCUUGAAAGCUUUCAUUCAAAAAUUAAGAAAAUCAUCAAUUCUUCUAAAAUAAAAAUGUCUUUUUUAGUUGAAAAGUUGCUUAGUAUUGCAUUAAUUCGUUCUGUUGAAACAAAACAUAGUCAUUUUAAUUCCACAAUGAAGAUACCAGUACGAACCCCUGAAGAUCUUCUGGAUGCUCUUGGAAAAGUGUCUUUAUAUGCUCUUAAAAAAAUGAUAAAACAAUUACACUUGAUGAAAUCCAGUGAUGCCACUUAUGAAGUCUCUUGCAAUGAUUUUAUUUUUAAUGAGCGGGAAAACUUUAUAAAAUGCUCAUCUGAGUCUUGUACUUGUGAUGUUUUCAACGGAAUCGGCAUACCAUGUUGGCAUAUUUUCUUUGUCCGAAAAACCCUUGCGUUGCAUAUUUUUGACAUUAAAUUAGUUAAUAUGAGAUGGGUUUUAAACUCAACUGUAGAACCGUUAAAAGUUUCUUCUAAAGUUACUUUUUCUUACUAUAUAUUUAUUAUUUAAACUAUUUUUCUUACUAUAUAUAU